GGGGCUGCCUAGGCUAGACAAACAGAUCUAGGCUAGACAGGUUUCAGCUGGACAUGCCCUGCUCCGAUUGGUUGUCUGCGGCGUCGUCUGUCUUCUGUUUUGAUUCGGCUGAGUUGAAAGUUGGGGUGUUGGAUGGCUGAUGCUGAUGACGUACGUUGCCUCCUGAAAGCUGUCACUGAAGGUUCUAGGCCAUCAGCUGUUCAUAUGAACCAAUGACGGCAAGACGUCGCAGAGGGGGCUCAGAAUCGGAACAGGCCCCACUUAUUGUAACAGGAAGUGCCUCCUAUGCUAACGGUGGAUCCGGAUUCUCCUCCUCGACAUUUACUCAGCAUUCAGCCCAUCAUGUGGAAGAUUCAGGCUACGGCCUAGACAGUGCUCCUUUUGGAAACGGAACUGUACCUGCAUUUAACCCAGCCAUGACGUCACGUGAUAGAAGUAAUGAGUUUGCCAGUGCGGUCAGGUCUCUGCAGGGACGCCAAAUCAUCCAGGCAUCUCAAGCCAGAGAUCCAAGGAAAGCACGACACAUUCAGAGCUAUGCAGAGUUUAUGAUGAUUGCUCGGACCAUUGGUAAAAACAUUAGCAGUACCUACUCAAAGUUGGAAAAGCUAACCCUGCUUGCCAAACGUAGAUCACUUUUCAAUGACAGGCCUACAGAGAUACAAGAGCUGACUUACAUUAUCAAAGAAGAUCUGGGCAGUCUGAAUGGACAGAUUGCAAGACUGCAAGAGGUGGCCCGCAACCAGCGAAGAUCCCAACAAUCAGGGAGAGACCAUCUCUUAUCGCACUCAUCAAGUGUGGUCUUAGCUCUGCAGUCCAAACUCGCAUCCAUGUCUUCAGAUUUCAAAAAUGUUUUAGAAGUUAGAACCGAGAACCUGAAGCAGCAAAAAACCAGAAGAGACCAAUUUUCUCAAGGCCCAUUAUCAAGCUCUCUCCCACCCUCCGCACUUUCUGGACAUCAUCAUGGCUCUGUUCUUUUAUCUGAAGAACAAGUUUCAAUCGACAUGGAAGAGGGAAGUCCGUUACUCCCUCCGACUCAAAAGCAGGCUAUGAUUUAUGAUGAAACGGACAACUACCUUCAAAGCAGAGCAGAAACAAUGCAGAACAUUGAAUCAACCAUAGUAGAAUUAGGAGGAAUUUUCACACAGCUUGCUACAAUGGUGAAAGAGCAGGAAGAAAUGGUUGAAAGAAUUGAUACCAAUGUACAAGAUGCUGAACUCAAUGUUGAGGCAGCUCAUGGAGAAAUUCUGAGAUACUUCCAAUCAGUCACAUCAAAUCGCUGGUUAAUGAUAAAAAUAUUUGCAGUUCUUAUAUUUUUCUUUAUCUUCUUUGUUGUAUUUUUGGCAUAAAUUAUCCUCUCUUGUCUGUUUGUCAAACAUGCCGUGGUUUCAGUGCAGCAAAAGAAGUUAUCACUGAUCAGUUACCAAUAGAUAGUUGUCUCUUUAUUUGGUCAUCACAGGUCUGUGGAAGCAAUGGUUGUUUAAAGCAUGAUAAGCAGUACUCCAAUUCAAAGUUCAAUAUAUUUUUCUCACUUUUCCAAUUUUUAAGAGUAUUGCUGUCUGAAUAUUGUUUAUCAAGGCACAGAUAUUUAUACCUUGAGUAUGACACAAUAAAUUUGAUGUUAAUGUUGCUGCUCACUUUUGAAAUUUUAAAACCUAAAACAUAAUUAAUGUAUGAGUAAGACUUUGCAGACUUGUCAGACUUGUACUGUGCAAGAAAUUUGUGUGAUUAUUGUAAUUUGACAGCAUCCUGGAUGUCUUUACAAGAUCUUUAUAUUUUGUACAUGUUAUAUGGUAAUUGUACAAUCUGAAUAGAGUUGGUAGACUUCCAAUGUUUUACUCUUUCUAUAUCAUAUGCUAUGAAUACUAGUAGGUAUAUUUUUUUAAACCUGAAUAUUAUCUUUUAUUUACUAAGAACCAAACAUCUUUGUUUGACUUGCCUGUGGUUAUGUUUUCUCCUUUUAUAUAGAACUUCAAUAUAUUAUUAUUGUUUGUUGUUUAUAAAGUUCCAAUUUAUGCAAACAGCAGUUUCAGUUUUUAUGCUGCUUUGAUAUUCUUUGCAAUAACAUUCAAUUUCCUUAGUGCAAGGUCUCCUCUCUCUUCUUGGUUGUCCAUACUCUGGAUCUUUGCUAGUUGUUAGUGCACUUCACAUACCGUUUGUGGUUGGCCACUGCAGGUCUCUGGUCCUUCCAUCAGGAACUUUAGUAAAUGAUUACUGCCCUUUUAUGAUCAUUCCAUAUCUGUUGAAUGUUCAUGUGUAGAAUAAACUGUUGCCUUUAUCAUUUUGAUUGUUGUGGAUUUUUUGUACAUAGUGCAACAUCUCAGUUUGGAAACUGAAAUGAGUAUCAAUGAGUUGUGUCCUCAACUACCCCCUCCCCUUUCCAGCCGUGUAGCUAUCCUAUUUCUUGUAUUGUGUUUAAAUGUGUUCCAGUCUUUUGAUAGAAUUUUGUGUUAUCAUUCCUACAACUUUUUUUGGGUCUAGUAUUUGUAACGUGAUUUUUUGUUUUCAUGCCUCACAUACUAAGUGUGCCAAGAAAGUCUGAUUAUGGUGAAUUUCUGAAGCCUCACUCAAUGUACUAUAUGUUAAGUACAGGUACAGUGAUAUUGCACUAUUGAAGACUGAAAUGCAUGGCCCAUCAUCUUUGAUCCAGCAAAAUUUAUAAAAUUGUGUCAUUCGAAUUGGGCAGAGAAGGUUGUGGAAGAAGACUGUCAUGCGGUACAGAUUUUAAAUUGUACAGUAGCUUGAGAGCUGUUUGUUAUUUGUUUACUCAGCUGGGCUGAACUCUUAUGGAUAUCUGUACCUCACUCGAAUCCUACAUGUUUGAAACAACUUUGAAUCAUGGAAGUGCCUACUAUCUGUAUUUGUAUUGCUAUUUUACUUACAUAAUGAAUGAAGUGUUAUUUGGUCCUGAAAGAUGAUACCAUGAUUUCAUGGGAAAGUGUUACCGUCAAAUAAAUAGCACAUACAAGUUGA